AGGAACUCCUGCCUGCACCGCAUGCAGCGCAGAGGAGGAGGCGUAAACAGUGACAUAGCUAGGUAGCCAUAAAGCAUCGGCUUCGUAGUCCGGCCUGCUAACGUUAGCACAUCACAACGACUUUGGUAAUGGAGAUGAGCAGCAACAGCGAGUGCUUUGGUUGCGGACGCCCUGGGCACUGGGUCAAGCACUGUCCCAACGCCAGUGGGACGCGUGGCCGUGGCAGGGGCCGGGGACGAGGCAAGGAGCUGUUCUGUUAUCGCUGUGGUGACCAGGGACACAUGGCCAGGGAUUGUGACCAAACUGAGGAUGCGUGCUACAACUGCCACAGGAGUGGUCACAUUUCCAGGGAUUGCAAGGAGCCCAAGAAGGAAAGGGAGCAGCUGUGCUACACCUGCGGCAAAGCUGGCCACAUGGCGCGUGACUGCGACCAUGCCAACGAGCAGAAGUGCUACUCCUGCGGUGGGUUCGGUCACAUCCAGAAGCUUUGCGAUAAGGUGAAAUGCUACAGGUGUGGUGAGAUCGGUCACGUCGCAGUGCAUUGCAGUAAAGCCAGCGAGACUAACUGCUACAAUUGUGGAAAGGCAGGCCACCUGGCAAAAGAGUGCACCAUCGAAGCGACCGCAUAAGCAGUGCCCUCUGUUGCCCCUCCUUUAUUUUUCGGAUUGAUGGUUGGUUGUAUUAUUUUCUCUGAAUCCUCUUCACUGGCCAAAGGUUGGCUAACAGAGGCUAGUCCCGGGCCAGUGAGCCUCUAGACAUGUAAUACAAUGAAAGGGGUGAAAAAAUAUCUUUCUGCAUUCAAUACAAAAUAAAAUGUUUUAGUUUGGUAGCGGUGUUAUGUAUAAUGCUUUGUUGAAGAACCCCCCCCUUUCCAAGCCACUGGUGAUCAGCGAUGAACAAGUGGGACUAAACAAACGGGAAUCUAUAGGACCUCUGAGCUUGUGGAUGAGCAUCUCAGUCAAAUGAGAUGGAAGACUGGUGUAAAUGGAAACCAAACUGCCAUGUGUGGUUUAUUUUGGGUUGUUUUAGUGGAAUAUGAGUUGGCCAAGAGAGUACGACAUGGAAACAGUUCAUAACAUGAUGCAUUUCAGCCCAUACAAGCAGCUACAAGUGGGCUAUAACAAAUUUACUUGUUAUAUUACUAAGAUUUCAAAACAAUUUUUUUUUUCAAGGUAUAAAAAGAAAAACACGCUCUUUUAUAGAAAUCUGUUUACAAUUUAAAUAUCACUCAGUAGUCCAAGGUAGAGUUUCUCCCUUAAAAUGCCUUUUUGUUUUUCAUGCCUUGGCAAAAACAUUUGAACAUCAACAGUUGUCAGAACUGCAGAAUUUGGAGUUAUUUGGGAACGAAACAAUGUUUUCUCUGAAAUCAAAAUGUUAUUUUUGUACAAUAUCACUUAGACUACUGUAUAAAUACCAUUUGCUUGUACUCAGUUUUUAAGUCGGAAGGAAAGUGCAACUGAAGUCCUAGAUAAUAGAAAUGUAAUUUUAAACUAUCAAUAAAGCUGGAGGAGCACGGGGUGGA